ACGUCUCUGCAGUAACGCAGGUAGCUUCCUGGGUUGUAUUCGUCUCAACAGUAACGGCGACAGUUUGAUUAGCAGCCGUCUAGAAGGACACCGAGCGUCAUUUUCAGCCGGAACACUAGAAUUCCUGGCUCAUGGCGUUCAGAAGAGCCUUGAAACAGGCGGCGGUGGUGGGAGGUGUGGCGGUCACGACGGUCUUCGGCCUGUCACAGCUGAUCGAGUACAGGAGGACGCAGCAUGGAUUGGCUCAGUUGGCGCGCGUGGCAGCCGAAGCAGAACUGAAGGUCCUUUUUGCGAAUGAGCUUCCCUCCAGGGAGGCCCAACUCGCAGCGUUGCAAGACACUCCGGAGUUUGACGUUCUGAUUGUCGGAGGAGGAGCCACAGGAGCCGGAUGUGCCUUAGACGCCGUCACCCGGAACCUCAGAACUGCCCUUGUAGAGCGAAGCGACUUCUCUUCGGGGACGAGCAGCCGGAGUACGAAGCUCAUCCACGGCGGAGUGCGUUACCUACAGAAGGCCAUCAUGAAGCUAGACUACGAACAGUACAUGAUGGUGAAGGAGGCGCUGCACGAGCGAGCCAACCUGCUACAGAUUGCCCCUCAUCUUUCAGCGCCAUUACCCAUCAUGCUUCCGGUGUACAAAUGGUGGCAGUUGCCUUACUAUUGGGCAGGAAUAAAGAUGUACGACGUGGUGGCUGGGAUCCACUGCUUACAGAGCAGCUAUCUCCUGAGUAAGUCCAAAGCUCUGGAGUAUUUCCCCAUGCUGAACAAGGACAAGUUGGUGGGAGCCAUCGUCUAUUACGAUGGUCAACACAAUGACGCCCGGAUGAACCUGGCCAUCGCGCUGACAGCCGCCCGCCACGGUGCGGCCAUUGCCAACUACACUGAGGUGGUUCACCUUCUGAAGACCAAAAACCAGAAGACUGGCAGGGAGCAGUUGUGCGGCGCCCACUGCAGAGAUGUCCUCACAGGGAAGGAGUUUGACGUGAGGGCCAAAUGUGUGAUCAACGCCACCGGACCCUUCACCGACUCUCUGAGGCAGAUGGACAAGCAGGAGACUGCCAAGAUCUGCCAGCCAAGUGCAGGUGUCCACAUCGUCAUGCCGGGAUACUACAGCCCCGACAGUAUGGGCCUUUUGGAUCCGGCUACGAGCGACGGCCGCGUCAUCUUCUUCCUGCCCUGGGAGAAAAUGACCAUCGCUGGGACCACCGACACCCCCACCGAUGUGACAGCCCACCCCAUACCGAGGGAGGAUGACAUUGACUUCAUCCUGAGGGAGGUGCGCAACUACCUCAGCCCAGAUGUGGAAGUGCGGAGAGGAGAUGUGCUCGCGGCUUGGAGUGGCAUCCGCCCACUGGUGACUGAUCCCAACUCCAAAGACACCCAGUCCAUCUGCAGGAACCACGUUGUCAGCAUCAGUGACACCGGACUGAUCACCAUCGCAGGUGGGAAGUGGACAACCUACCGCGCUAUGGCCCAGGAGACAAUAGAUGCAGCAGUAAAAUUCCUCCACCUCCCAGCCAGACCAUGCAGGACGGUGGGACUGAUGCUGGAGGGGGCGAAGGGCUGGACACCAACUCUCUACAUCCGACUGGUACAGGACUACGGCCUGGAGGAGGAGGUUGCUCAACAUUUGGCUACAGCAUAUGGUGGCAAAGCAUUUGAUGUUGCCAAAAUGGCCAAGGUUACCGGCCAAAGGUGGCCGAUUGUUGGGAAACGUCUGGUGUCUGAAUUUCCCUACAUCGAAGCAGAGGUCCUGUACGCCAUCAAGGAGUACGCCUGCACCGCCAUCGACGUCAUGGCGCGACGGACACGGCUUGGCUUCCUGAAUGUGCAGGCAGCAGACGAAGCUCUCCCGAGGAUUGUCCAAAUCAUGGGUAAAGAGCUUAACUGGAGUCAGGAGAAGAGGACGGAGGAACUUGAAGCAGCAAAAAUGUUUCUGUACCACGAGAUGGGCUACAGAUCUCGAUCGGAGCGGCUCACAAAGUCAUCCGAGAUCCACCUGGACUACCAGGACGUGAUGAGGUAUAAGAACCGCUUCCACAAGUUUGACAAAGAGUCCAAAGGCUUCAUCACCACCGUCGAUGUCCAGCGAGUGUUAGAGAGCAUCAACGUCCACAUUGACGAGAACGCGCUCCAUGAAAUCCUUAACGAGGUGGACCUCAAUAAGAACGGACAAGUUGAAUUCAACGAGUUCCUGAGGGUAUUGUAUCACUCAGAUUCUGGUUGUCAACCUUUUAGAAACAAGAUCCAAACCGUUAAACUGGGCUGUAGCUCAGACGCCUGCAGGUGGAGGAGGCAAAUUAAAAUAAACCCGAGAUAAUUAAUAGAUAAGGAAUUGUUUUAAUUAAGCUGUUCUCCUGAUUUUUUAAAAUAGUGGCUUCUGUGAUUAAAGGUUUGUACAAAGCCUCAAAGUAAAAAUAUCUUCUGUUACAGCAACAUAAUCUCACGCAGAACAAUUUAGAACAAUCCGACCUUUGAUUUAUUUAUCACUAUGGACUAAGGGUCUCGUAUGU